AUGAAAACACCAAAACAAUUAGAAGAAUGGUCAUUCUCCACAACCAAUUCUGAUAAUAUUAAGGCUGAUUUGAAUAAAAUUGGAGAUGAAACACUUGUGGAAGAGGAUAGUUUUACAGAGAAAAGUUUGGAAACAUCGAGUAUUGAUGGUUUAUCUACUAUAUGUAGUAGUUCUUUUUGUUCAGCACAAAAUAUAAAUGGAGGUUUAAAACAACGUUUGAAAAAAUUAGAGGUUAAAAAACAAUUUAGUGUUAAAUUAAAAUAUGUAGAUGGAUAUGAGUCCACCCCUGAAGAUCUGAGUCAACCCCCUUUUGUAGCACCAUAUUUUACUUUCUAUAGGGGUUUCUAUAUAUAUAUUUUACUUUCUAUAGGGGAUUACAUAAAUUUAAAAAGUGCGAUUUCGAGGGAUAUAGGGGAUUAA